GAGGGCUCACCUUUCACUCCUCCUCCUCCCCUGUGUGGUGGUGGUGGGGAUGAAGAGGCAGUCAGUUCACAGCAGGCGUUAAGAGGGGAAAAAGACGAUAAAAGAAGCGAGAUGCUGUGACAGAAACACUUGUGGGAACAAACCGACAACAUGUCCCUCAGAAAAGGUUCUUUUAUCCCGGAGGAUUUGGAAAAACCGCGGACAAGGUCUGUGCUUGAAUCCACAGAGAACUGCCUCGAUCCAGAAAACCGUUACCCUUCGUGGAUGGAGGGGCGGUCUGAGAGGCCUCAGCAUCCAGAGCUGAACGGUUUGGCCACGCCGUCGCCAGACGCCUGCUCCCAUCAUUUCUGCCACUUCACGCCAAAGUGUUUCCUGACUGUCCACAGAGGUGAACCAGACUUCCCACGAGCAAAUGGCACAUCUGUCCGGUCGACUCCGUCCCACUUUGGUGAAGAUGGCUGGCACGAGGGGACCACAAAGACCACAAUCAGAGUGGAGAAUGAGGUGGAGGCGCAGAGAGAAGCCAACAACUACAAGUUUGGCUUCAGAAAGUGGAAGGGCAACGUUACCGAGAGACCGAUUGAGGAUCGAUCAGAAAUAGUCAAAGAACUCUACACAGAUCUGAGCAUUGUUAAGCCUCGAGAAGGCUCUGUGGUCACAGUUGGUAACAUAGCUUAUGUGUUUUUAUUCGGUUGGUGGAUCUCAUUGUUCUACAUCCUCAUUUGUCCUCUAAUGUUUCUAACAAUUUUUGGUGCCCCUUAUGGAAAGCUCUGUUUAAAGAUGGCCUUGUACCUUGUUUGGCCAUUCGGCAAGGCAAUUGUGAAGGGCAGUGAUGCCAACAUGAAGCCGACAAACUGUGAGCGAAUUUCAUCCCAGAAAGACGAUGAAGAUCUUGCUGAAGACGGGGACUGUGCUCCCCUUCUAGUCUCUUCGCCCAUCCUUACCGAGAUCCCGGUUCCACCUCUGCCGGAGAAAAGAGCAUCCAACUACUGGUGUCGUGUGAGCACCUACAUCUGGUUAUUGCUGGGUUACCCUGUCCUGGCUGUGGUCCAUUUCUUGGCGUGCGUGCUUUCCUGGCUGCCGGUGUUUUCAAUUCCUGUUGCAAAAAUGAACUUUCGGAUCUUGACUACUGUCCUCCUGAUGGCACCAGAAGAAGUCCAGAUCAAGAAGCAGGAAAUGCAGAACCUUUUACGCGAGAUCAGAGUUACCCUGUACUGCUGCCAAGCUUUCAACAUGUAUUAUUACAAGUACACCAUCCAAGGAAUCAACAUUUUUGCUCUCAACCUGCUACCUUUGGUAUUUAUGACUUUAAUCGUUGGCUAUACGGACCACGAUCAUGCUUAUCUCAAUUCAGAGACCAUGUUUGCCAUAGCCAUCACCUCCAUCAUUCCCCUGUCCUACUACAUCGGCAUGGGAAUAGCAAGCAUUUCUGCACAGAGUAACUUUGCCGUGGGGGCAGUUGUAAACGCAACGUUUGGCUCCAUCACAGAGAUCACAUUCUACAUCACAGCACUGCUGCGGGGGCACCACGCUGGCACCAAAUGCUACGAAGAAAUCGUCAAAGCUGCUCUGACCGGAACGCUGCUCGGGUGUAUUUUGUUCAUACCAGGCAUUUGUAUGACCAUUGGGGGCAUCAAGCACAGCGAGCAGCGAUUUAACAGUCGUUCAGCUGGUGUGAGCUCAGCUCUGCUCUUUAUAUCUGUUGGAGGUGUAUUUGCUCCCACCCUCUUCUCAAAGACUUUUGGUAAUUUAGUUUGUGAAAGCUGCUCAAAUAUUCCAGGAAAUACCAGCGUUCCCUUUACCUGCAAAGACUGUCACUAUGAUACGAGCCAGGCUGACCCACAUUUGAUCCUGACCCAUAUUGAGCCCCUUGUGUACACCAUCUCUGUCCUGCUGCCUGCCUCAUACUUGAUCGGACUCAUCUUCACACUGAAGACCCACUCCCAUAUCUAUGAUAUCCACAUCAGUGAAGGCCACGGGGGCCACUCGCAUGGUCAGUAUGUUCAGGAGACUCUCGGCUCCCACAAACCCACUGGUGAGGUCGCCAAU